CUUGCAGGUCCCAGGAAGGUGGCGUCAGCAUCUGCUGCAGCCGCGUCGACGUUGUCGGAGUCUCGGCCGAGGACCCAGGAAAACCGGACUGGGACCAGGGCCCCGGGCCUCACCGCGCUCCCCAUGGAGAAGCCUGCAGCCUCCACAGAGUCCCCAGGGCCUCGACCAGUCCUGGGCCGAGAAAGUGUCCAAGUGCCGGACGACCAGGACUUCCAGAGCUUCCGGUCCGAGUGUGAGGCCGAGGUGGGCUGGAACCUGACCUACAGCAAGGCCGGCGUGUCAGUGUGGGUGCAGGCUGUGGAGAUGGAUCGGACUCUGCACAAGAUCAAGUGCCGGAUGGAGUGCCGUGACGUGCCAGCUGAGACGCUCUAUGACGUCCUACAUGACAUUGAAUACCGAAAGAAGUGGGAUAGCAACGUCAUUGAGACUUUCGACAUCGCCCGCCUUACUGUCAAUGCUGAUGUGGGCUAUUAUUCUUGGAGGUGUCCCAAGCCUCUGAAGAACCGUGAUGUCAUCACCCUCCGCUCCUGGCUCCCCAUGGGCGCUGAUUACAUCAUUAUGAACUACUCAGUCAAACAUCCUAAAUAUCCACCUCGGAAAGACUUGGUCCGAGCUGUGUCCAUCCAGACGGGUUACCUCAUCCAGAGCACGGGGCCCAAGAGCUGCGUCAUCACCUACCUGGCCCAGGUGGACCCCAAAGGCUCCUUACCCAAGUGGGUGGUGAAUAAAUCUUCUCAGUUCCUGGCCCCCAAGGCCAUGAAGAAGAUGUACAAGGCGUGUGUCAAGUACCCAGAGUGGAAGCAGAAGCACCAGCCGCACUUUAAGCCCUGGCUGCACCCGGAGCAGAGCCCGUUGCCCAGCCUGGCCUUGUCAGAGCUGUCCGUGCAGCAUGCAGACUCGCUAGAGAAUAUCGACGAGAGCUCCGUGGCAGAGAGUCGGGAGGAGCGAGUGGGUGGCGCUGGUGGCGAGGGCAGUGACGAUGACACCUCGCUCACCUGAGCACUGCCCCACUGCUCCUGCUGCACCGAAGGAGACUGGACUGGGGCUGAACCUGGGGCACAGAGCCUUCUGCACUUCUUCCCCUCCCCCACCCCACUUCCUGGGGGCUCUGGGCUCAGGCCCAGGUGGCACUGCGGCCUGGCUGGACACAGUCCCAAUAAACGAUCCCACAGCCUCA